CUAACAUGUCUCUCAGUGGUUAUUGAGACUCGGGGACAAAACUCAGUAGUAAAAUGUAUUAGUUUAUAUGAACAAAUAGUCUGACCGGGCCGUUAAAGGGCAUCUACUUCCCAGGCUAGCAUCCGCGGUUAGCUCCUGUGCUAGCUACCUAAACGUUUAAAAUGUCCCUGCAGAGGCUGCGAUAUUUAGUGGCCAUCAACAGUGAGUGUGUUUAACUAGUUUAGUUGUCAGUACUUGUUAAGAGGUCUCAACACAGUCGGGGAAGUAUGCCAUGGAGGUGUUUGUUCGCAGUGAUCUCCAAUCUGUGGUAUUUUGAUUGUCGCUUUGUCCAUAGCGCUUCAGCAUGAGUCUUUCAUGAGUUUGAACAUUUUGAACACCAUUGUUGGCUGCUUUCCCACCACAAACCCCUGCAACGUUUUCUCAAUCAUAAGCUAUUGUCCAAUACGUUGUUGCAGCGUGACAGUGAAAUAUAUUAUUAUUACGUUAACGUUAGAUAUUUUACAGUAUGACACGUGUCUUGUCUCGCAGAACCAGCAUUAUAAAACCUGAAAAUGUUUUGAUAUCUAGUGUAACUCAAGCCUCCAGGUAUAAUGUGCAUAUGCGACGACAGCUGCCAGUAUGAAUGUUUAAAAAACAUAGUGUUUCACCCACCCGUUUCAACUUUAGGGCGGACAAUUCAUGCACACCUUUGAGUACUGUAAAACUAUUUAAAUCAUGUUAAACUACUACAUGUUUCAGCUUACCCUUUCCUCAGGGGGUUCAAAGAAGACGGUAUUGUUUAGGUCUGCUGGUUCUACCCUUUUUAUAGGUAAAGCAGUCCCUCCAUGUGCCAUUCACACUUCCUAAUUUAGGCCUAAAAACAAUGAAUUAUCAAAGAUCACCUUCCAGACAUUUAUUCAAUAUUUUAUUAAUGGCAUCCAAAGUUCCACUCCUUUUGACUUGUGCUCUACCAUAUGCUGUAUAUUAUAGUAUAUAUAUAUGGUACCAAUAUUAGUUAUUCUUGCUACAUAGGUAUGACAAUUCCAACAGUAAACGCUACCCUGUGUACAUGGUGCUUUUCAUCCAGCUGCCAGCCGGUACAGAAUGGCUGGAGGCGGCAGACAGCAGGGCGGAGCUGGUCCGCUACCUGAAGGAGCAGGUGCCGCAGAUCUUCUGCCUGAAGAAGGAGUCCAGCCCUCAGGAGGAAGAGGAGCUCAUGCAGAGCCGACUCUUCCAACCUCUGGAGUGCUUCCUGUUCGGAGAGGAUCCUCAGGAGGGUCUGGAGAAGCUCAAGCAGGGCAGCACCUCCUCCCAGCUCUGUGGACGGGUCUUCAAAGAGGGAGAGACGGUCUACUCCUGCAGGGAUUGUGCAAUAGAUCCCACUUGUGUCCUGUGCAUGGACUGCUUCCAGGACAGCGUUCACAAAGGCCAUCGUUACAAGAUGCACGCGUCAUCAGGCGGGGGCUUCUGUGAUUGUGGGGAUGUAGAAGCCUGGAAGAUCGGCCCCUGUUGCUCCAAACACGACCCUGGGGUAGCCACUGCCAUGGUAACGGAUGAGUGUGUGUUGGAGCCAGACAUAUAUAGCCGCGCUGAGAGGCUGUUCCGGAUACUGCUGCACUACGCCACAGAUUUCUUGGUGUGGGAGGAGAACCUCGAGCUGUCAGCGGAGCUCCAGCCCCGGACAAAAGACAACGCAUACUACUGUGUACUGUACAAUGAUGAGCACCACUCGUACGACCAUGUGAUCUACACCCUGCAGCGUUCUGUUAACUGUGAUCAGGCUGAAGCACAGACACACACAGCACUUAUUGACAAAGAGGGUCGGCGGGCAGUAAAGAGAGGGACCCUUCGUUCCUGUCAGCAAGCAAGAGAUCUCAUCAGGUCCAACUCCGAGCACAUUUCCCUGCAGCCACUACGCGUGGAGAUCCUUCACGCAGCAGUCAUGGCUCAUCAAACCUUUGUUCUGCGCCUCGGCCCCUGGUUCCAAAAGGUCAUCGGUUACUCAGUGGGCUUCAGACAGGCCUUCUGUCAGGUGGCCCUAGAGGCCAAUGCAGACGGAGACCGGCCUUGCCUCAUCAGCAGACUCAUGCUGCACGAUGGCAGGAUGUACAAAGGAGCUCGCAAGAUAGUACACGAACUGAUUUUCUGUAGCAUGCUAAUGGAGACCGAGUUCAAGAGGCUUUUUGCAAUUGAGUUUACAAAGUACUAUACGCAGCUGCAAAAGGACUUCAUUGUUGAUGACCACGAGAGGAGCAUAUCCAUCACUGCUCUGUCUGUUCAGAUAUUCACUGUACCCACACUGGCCAGACAACUCAUCGAAGAGGGAAAUGUUAUUAAAGUGAUAGUCGGUACAGUCAUGGAAUUGCUGCGUGAACAUCUGGAUAACAACAAUCGCUUCUUCUUCCUCGGCUACAACUCCGACAAGUUCUCACGCAUCCAGAUCAUCUUCCAUGACCUCAGGUAUAUUCUGAUCAGUAAACCCUCAAUAUGGACUGAAGAGCUGCGGAGAGAGUUCUUGGAGGGAUUCAAAGUCUUUCUUGGGCUUCUCAAAUGCAUGCAGGGAAUGGAGGAAGUGAAGCGCCAGUUUGGUCAACACAUUGCGGUAGAGCCAGAGUGGGAGGCCGGCUUCUCUCUUCAGAUCCAGCUUCGCCACAUUCUUGCUAUGUUUCAAGACUGGUGUUCCUCUGAUGACGAGAUCUUGCUGCUGGCAUUUGAAGAGUGCCACAGAGUCCUGAUGCAGUGCAAUAACCAGCCCUUCCAUAAGGAGCCCACUAACUACUACAUGUCAAAGCACGUCCUCCAUGUCCGUCCCUACAAAGUGUCUCAAGAGCCAGUCAGCAUACAUCUGCCCAUCUCCAGACUACUGGCCGGUUUGUAUGUACUCCUGUGCAGAACGGGGGCAGUUGAACGUCUGGAUGAUCCUGAGCCCUUUGACCACACCUUCCUGGCAGAGCAUCCUCUGCGCUGUGUGGUGCUGGCUGCACAGGUCUCGGCUGAAAUGUGGCGGAGAAACGGGAUUUCAUUGGUCAGCCAGGUCUACUACUAUCAGGAUGUAAAAUGCAGGGACGAGAUGUAUGAUAAGGACAUUCUCAUGCUCCAGAUAGCUGCUUCCAAAAUGGACCCCAACCACUUCCUCAUGCUGGUCUUGUUGAGAUUUGAGCUCUUUGAUUAUUUUAAAGGAAGUACAAACAAAGACCAGGCAAGUAACACCCCAAUAAUCAUUCAGAAUAAAAAAAGUUGUUGUAUAAAUGAUCUACUUCGUGAUGAAAUGCAACACAAUUUGCAGGAUGAACUGAUACAGUGGAACCGCUUGACAGAAGAGAUGCUGUACCUCCUUAUCGUUGUCAUUGGUGAGCGCUACGUCCCCGGUAUCAGUCAGGUGACCAAAGAGGAUGUGACCAUGAGGGAGGUUAUCCAGCUGCUGUGCAUUGAACCCAUGGCUCAUAGUAGCCUGGUCAAGGGUCUGCCGGAGAACGAGAGCCAUGAAACAGGCCUGGAGACUGUUAUUACCAAAGUUGCCACCUUCAAAAAACCGGGAGUUUCCGGGCAUGGACUGUACGGAGUAAAAAAAGAGCGUCUGGUAGAAUUCAACCCUUUCUUCUACCAUUAUUCAAGAUCGCAGCAUAGCAAGGCAGAAGAGUCUCAGAAGAAGAGGAGGACUCACGAAGGCCAUGAUAAAGCUCUGCGUCCUCCGAUGCCCCCGGCCUUCUGCCCAGCUUUCUCCAGCAUAGUGCGGCUGCUCAGCUGUGACAUUAUCAUCCACAUCCUGAGACACACCCUGCAGAGAGCUGCAGAGGACCGGGCGACUCACUGGACAGAAGCCAUGAUCCAGAGGGCCCUGCACUUGAUGGGUCAGGCAUUGCUUGAAGAGAAAAUGCAGCUUGAGGAGAGCACUAUGGAGGAAGUGGCCUUUGAUUUCAGCCUCAAGGCCCGCAGAAUUGGUUCAGAACACGGCAAGUCAGUCUUCGUCCUGUUGUCCAAGAUUAAGACUGUUCCUUCCCUGGAGGCUCAAAAGGACAUGGUUAAAUGGGUUUUACAGAUGUUUGAGAUUGUCAAGUGCCUUAGGGAGAAGUCCAGUCCAACGACCUCCAUGAGUGUGGAUACAACCAAGCCAGAAGAGAGUGCUCAGGACAAAGAGAAAGCUGAGCGCAAAAGGAAGGCAGAGGCAGCCAAACUCCACCGGCAGAAGAUUAUGGCCCAGAUGUCUGCAAUGCAGAAAAACUUCAUUGAGUCAAACAAGAUGCUGUAUGACAACAUGCCAGAGAGCGGGACACAGGGAGAGCCUGUUGCAACUACUGAGAGCUGUGCCAUGGAGCACACGGAGCUGCGUGUAGCCAUCGGGCCCCACCGAGGGUCCUCUCCAGCAGAGAGGGAGGUGCUCACCUGCAUUCUUUGCCAGGAAGAACAGGAGGUUGCGGCCCAGGCUGCAGCCAUGGUACUGACUGCGUGUGUCCAGAGGUCCACAGUGCUGACACAGUGCAGAGGGAGGAUACCGACCAAUAGAGCAGAUGGGACAGGGACAUUAUAUCCCCUCUUCAUGCCUCCUGAACUGGCCGUUGGAACCCACACUGGCAGCUGUGGACAUGUCAUGCAUGCCACAUGUUGGCAAAAAUAUUUUGAGGCUGUUCAGAAUAUGACCAGGAACCGACUCCAUGUUGAGCUGAUCAUCGACCUGGAGAAUGGAGAGUACUUGUGUCCCCUGUGCAAGUCUCUGUGCAACACUGUUGUCCCUCUCAUCCCGUUUGAAAGGUUGAUGUUUAACUAUGAAAAUGCAGAGAUAAUUGGACAGCAUUUGACCCUGCCUCGCUGGAUCCAGAUCCUCGCCGCCAGGAUUAGAGGACUCAAGUCAGUCACUCAGGAAAAUGACUGCAACACCGAGAGCAGUAGUGUCGAUGGGGACACGGGGCUGUGUGGAGAGGGCCAGACGGACUUUAGAUCCAUUCUGAGCUAUGGAGUACAAGAGCCGAGGAAGUUCUCCGACAGCGUGGUGGAGAUGCUGGUUGUUUGUGCCACCACAGUUCACAGGGUGGGAAUGCAGACGGCACCCAAUGAGCUGUGCCCACGCGUGCCCCUCAUGGCUUGGAACACAUGUGCCUUCACUAUUCAGGCCAUAGAAAACAUAUUGCAGGAAGAGGGCAAGUCACUCUUCGGGUCCUUACAAAACAGACAGCUUGCAGGUCUGAAGGCAAUUGUUCAGUUUUCAGCAGCUCAGAGAAUUAAGAGCUCCCAGGCUGUCAUUCAGAGGCACUUUAACGACAUGUUGGGGGUGUUGCUACCGGCCAUGGGCAGAAAGAACACCCCUUCUCUUCCGGAGGUGGACUUCUUCCAUCUUCUGGUGGGCUUGGUGUUGUCUAUACCGGCACUAUAUCAGGAGGAGGCUGUCGACUUACAGCCGUCUGCUGUCAGCUCUGCCUACAACCACCUGCACAUCCUUCAUCUGGUCACCAUGGCUCACAUGCUGCAGGUCCUCCUUUCCUCUACAGAUUUUCCUGCAGUAGCUGGAGAGGAGACGGAAGAGUCGAAAGCAGCAGCAGAGCUCUACACUUCAGUGUCACAACACACUGAAAGGCCGAUUCCAGAUGUGUCCGGCGUCUCUGUGGCAGAAAGAGUGAAGAGAGGAAUUGAACCUUUCCUGCGCUGCGCCGCUCUCUUCUUUAAUUGCCUUACAGGAGUACAUCCUCCAGAGGAGCUCUGUAGUAGUACUGUUGCCUCACAAGGACAGAUGGAGGCACUAUGCAGCUACUUGGCACUGCCCUCCAAUGUGUUCCAGCUCUUCCAGGAGCACAGAGACACUGUUACUCCACUGCUGAAAAGGUGGUGUGGGAGUCCAGCUGUAACCAAAGCCCUGAAAGGCAAAAGUCAGACCGUCAGAUACCCCAGGAGAAGGAAUCGUUUGAUUGAUCUUCCUGAGGAUUACAGUGCUCUCCUCAAUCAAGCCAGCCAUUUUCAGUGUCCCAAAUCUACAGAUGAUGACAGGAAGCACCCGACCUUGUGCCUGUUUUGUGGGGCCAUGUUGUGCUCUCAGAGCUCCUGCUGUCUCAGCCAGCUGGAUGGAGAAGAUGUGGGAGCUUGCACUGCCCACGCUGCUACCUGUGGGGCUGGAGUGGGCAUGUUCCUCAGGAUAAGAGAGUGUGAAAUUGUACUGAUGGCCAGUAAGACUCGAGGAAGCACAUACCCUGCUCCUUACCUGGACGAUUAUGGGGAGACUGAUCCUCACCUUGGAAGGGGCAAUCCAUUGCACCUUUGCCCAGAGCGCUACAGGAAGCUGAACCAGCUGUGGCAGCAGCAUUGCAUCCUGGAAGAAAUCGCCCGCAGUCUGGAGGUGGUCAACGUUAUGUUUGCCUUUGAGUGGCAGAUGUUGUGAUGAUUGCGCCAGCUGUCGUGGACGGGAAGUAAAGAGCACAGCCAUAGAGCACAAUCUGCUCCAGUGCUCCUUAGGCAGACACACACACACGCACACACACAGCACCCUCCUACAAUCAAAGGAGGCCUGAGCAGCCAAUCCCUCCCUGAUGAAACCCCCGCUGGGGUCAAGAGAGGUGGGCCACUCAAAAGAUGAAUAGUGGAGGGUAAAUGGAGGGUAUUGAGCAAAACCAAGUCGCCUUGUUUUAAUUUGAUUGUCUGCUGUCAGGAGUUUCUGCUAGAGUAAUGUUAUUGGCAAAGAGGCUUAUUCAAAUAAAGACAAACAUCAGAUACACACCAACAUGUUUUAGUUAUCAGUUUAUAUAUUUCAUUUCUCUCAGUAAUGCUGUGAAUUUUCUGCAUUCUCUUUUGGUUUUAUAAAAUAUGAUUUGUCAUAAGUUAUGAUGUUUUGGAGGGUUACAUUCAUUUAGAGAGAUCUCACACAUUUUUGUUUUUUGCCCAUUAACUAUGUAGACACUCCAAAUGAUGGAGCCACACACGGUCACCUUUACUCACAUAUAGAAGCGUAUGUAAUGGAUAACACAUUUAUAGAAGAUACAUUAUUUUCAAAGUUGUAUUAAAACAAACUUGGUAUUCUGUGAAGAGUAUACAGUAACCUGCUUUCAUGACUUCCUGAUAUAAAUACUUUUUAGGAUAAGCAGACAUUUUGACGCUAUAAUGUUCAUCCACUUUUUGACAUUUAUGGUUAUAAAUCCUCACUGACCUUAAAGAAUCAGUGAGUGAAUUAUAUAAAACAUCUCUACGUACUAUAUAGCAUUAUGAUAUGCCCUGUAACUAAUGAACCCUAUUAGGCCAAAGUGAUUAUGAGUAUCAGAUGUUCAAUGUAUGUUUAUAAUAAAUAAAAUAUAUCAAGGGGACCUUUGCUUGACAGAUUAGUCAUAUUUCACCAUCUGGUGGUAAAUCCACUUUACACAAAUUAAAUUUACAUUUCCAAAAAACCCUUUCAAUAUUCUAUUUAAAAGGGAAAUGUACUAUAUCGUAUCUUUUUCGGUUAUUACUCCUUUUCAGGAAGAAGUGUGAAUAUGGAAUGUGUUGUUUGACAGUGCUACAUGACUUCCAGGCUAUAGAAAUAAAGACACUAGCCUCUAUACAGAU